AUGUUGUCAUAUCUGUGAGCAUCAUCUAGGAGUAUAUUUGUAUUGGGAAGGGAAAUAUAGGUCAAAACAGCAGAUUGUCUCCAAAAUUUUAUUUUUAAUUUUCCUGUAUCAAGUGAUCAAUGAACCCAACCCUCUCUCCCUCUCUCCCUCUCUCUGUCUCUCUCAAUAGACAUGCUUUUGCUGAUUGAACUUUUUGUUAUGUCAAAUCUGCUAGCUCGCAUAGGCUAGCUUUGAGUGUCUUCCAUGUACUGAGAAUCUGAAUUAAUGAAUUUUGUUGGUUUAUAUUGCAUUCAGGUUCUCUCUGUUGUUGGAAUUCUUCAAGAUGAGGUUGAUCCCAUGGUCUCUGUAAUGAAGGUUGAAAAGGCUCCUCUGGAAUCAUAUGCUGACAUAGGUGGGUUGGAUGCCCAGAUUCAGGAAAUUAAAGAAGCAGUAGAGCUUCCUCUUACACAUCCUGAAUUAUAUGAAGAUAUUGGGAUCAAACCCCCUAAAGGAGUUAUACUCUAUGGCGAGCCUGGAACUGGAAAAACAUUGCUUGCCAAGGCAGUUGCAAAUUCAACAUCAGCUACUUUCUUGCGUGUGGUUGGAAGUGAAUUGAUACAGAAGUACUUGGGAGAUGGCCCAAAAUUGGUCAGAGAACUUUUCCAAUUCCUAUGAAAGAACUGCAAGGGCAAGUUGUGUGGACAAGCACACUGGUGCCAACGCUCAUGCAGUAGCGAAACAGGUUAAGUCCAAUGGAGAUAUUUUCAAGGAGAGAUCAACAGGAAGAGUUGGUAUCAAGAAUGAGUACACAAACACCAAAGUUUGUAGGGUUGGGGACAAAUAUGGUUAUGCCGAAUACCAGGUUGAAGAGAAGUUUCGAAGAGUUGAUUAUGGUGGAAGUAGCAGCCACAAGGGCAACUCGGGCAGCAAAGGGAGCAACAGCAUCAAGGCCAGCUUCAGCAGCAAUGGGAAAAACCUCAUCAAGGACAGCUCCAGUACCAGGCACAGCUCCAACACAAAGGGCAGCUCUGGUAUCAUGAUCAGUGCCAACAUCAAGGUCAAUGCCAGCAUCAAGGGCAAUUCCAGCAACAAGGCCAGCUCCAGCAACAAGGCCAGCGCCAGCAUCAAGCGCGUGAGCCACCAUUAGAAGUCUUCGAAUAAUAUGCUCAUCAUGAUUGUCCAGUGGCUGGAUGUAGUGUGGAUAAUGGAUUUACUUUUGUGAUCUUUUCUGAACUUCAAUGUUCUUUGUGUUUGAGGAGCCUGGUGCUCCUUAUCCAUCCUUGUUGAACCUAUUAUUUUCUUGUUGUGUCUAAGUACUCCCUGGAGUUUUUAUGUUUGCAGAAAAUGGCUUUUUAUAAAUAAUUAAUAAAUGGUUAAUUUUCAU